AUGAAAUCAAUAAAUUUAUACAGUGUCGCUCUCCUCCUCACGACUGCGACCUCCCAGCUGCUCGUGCUACCACCCGACGACCGCCCCGCCAGACCCAACCGCGACCAGCGACCCCUCGAUAUGGACCCCACGGGCCCCGGCGGGUUCUCUCUACCACCAUUCCUCGGCGGCGGCGGCGGCGGUAGCGGGAGUGUGGUACUCUCGGACGUGGUAGGCAAGGAGCGCAGCAUCAACCUGUUUGCGGGCUUCACGCGGGACGUCGAAUCCGUGUCGCAGCGACUCGACGACCGCAAACAAAACUCGACGGUGCUGGCACCGCUCAACAGCGCCGUCGAGCGGCUCCCGCGCAAGCCCUGGGAGGACGCCCGCGACUACGAUACCCUGGGCGCUGAGGCCUACGAAGGCGAUGAUGGCCAGGACCGCGCCCGCCGGAAUCUGGGACGCUUUGCCGAGGCACACGUCGUGCCUGUAAGUCCGUGGGAAGAGGGCGACAAGGUCAAGACUUUAUUGGGCGAUCGUGAGGUAUGGUGGGAGACUAAGGAUGGCAAGAAAGUCAUUCUGCCAGACAAUAUCGAAGUCGACAGUGUGGCUAGCAAGGUUGGCAACGGCGAGGUCUGGAUUAUCAAGGGCGUGAGAAAUUAUGCCUAG